AUGGUUUAUCUUCGCGAUGCUGUUGCCCUGGCGGCGCUUUCUCUCGCGACUUCGGUCUUCGGUCUCCCGACUGAGUUGACUUCUCGGGCGGACUCGGUCAACCUGUGCGGCGUACAGGAUUAUAAGAUCCUCAUGGGAACUCCGUGGAUCGUGUAUAACAUGCUCUACAACAAGGACCAGAUGGUCGGUACCCAGUGCACCGGGUAUGACAGCACCAGCAAGUCGAGCAGUGGCACUCAGCAGGUGCACUGGAACAGCAAGACGGAUAUCGACUACGUGAAGGCCACGGACAACGUCCCCAAGGGAUACUCGUUUGUCGGCCUCACUCAGAACCUCGAGACCAAGCUUUCUGCGAUCAACUCGAUCCCUACGUCGUACAGCUGGACCAAGACCAACACUACUGCGUACAAGGGAAAUGUCUGCUUCGAUUUCAUGACCAACGACAAGAAGGGCGACUCGACCUCCUCUUCCUCGCGCGAGCUCAUGCUCUGGCUCCAGUACGAGGGCGGCCAGCUCCCCAUCGGCUGGGCUAACGGAGCCGUUGCCACCAUCGACGACCUUUUCGGUACCUCCUGGAAGCUGUAUGAGGAUGUCAACGAGGAUACUGGUAUCACCGUUAGCACUUUGAUGCCCGAGAAGCAGUUCGAGGGCGAGUUCACCGGUGAUCUUAAGGACUGGCUGCUUGCCCUGUCGAAGCUGAACCGAUUCACCACCUCCACCUAUGUCAAUGUUGGAAAUGCUGGAACGGAGUUCUUCUACGUGUCAGGAUAUCGUUGGGUCGAGAAAUUCGACAUUCUCGUUCAGUUGGCUUUGGAUGGCUUUGGAUGGCUUUGGAUGGCUUCCGGGGACAUGAAUCAGGAAGCCGUCCGUGUUUCCGAUAUGGCUUCACAUCAAAAUAGAAUCAUGUCGCAAGAUCGUGAUGACAACCCUUUUGAGACGGUGGCGGGAAAUCAACAUUGGGGCCAUGCGACCAGCCAGGAUUUGUACCAUUGGACAAACCAACCCAUCGCGAUAUCCCCUAGCCACCCGGACGAGGGUAUCUUCUCCGGGUCAGCAGUGGUAGACAGCGAGAACACGUCCGGUUUCUUUCCGAACCAAACGGAUGGCGUGGUGGCCAUCUAUACCGUGGAUACACCGGAUCUCGAGACGCAACACAUUGCGUAUUCCAGGGAUGGCGGGUACACGUUCACCAAAUAUCAGAAAAAUCCGGUCAUCAACAGCACGUCCAAAGAUUUUCGCGAUCCCCAGGUGACUUGGCACUCCGAAACCCAGCAAUGGGUCAUGACCAUCGCGUACGCCAAGGACCUGGUCAUCGGCUUUUACACGUCGCCCAAUCUCCGGGACUGGACUCAUGCCUCGAAUUUCACGCAGCCCGGCCUGCCAGGAUCGCAGUUUGAAUGUCCGAACCUGGUCAAAUUUUCCGUGGACCAGACGUCCGGCGAAGAUAGCAAACACGUGCUGUUCAUCUCGGUCAAUCCCGGAGCCCCGCUUGGCGGUUCGGGCACUUACUAUCUGGUCGGGGAUUUCAACGGAACGCACUUCACGUCCGAAGAUGAGCACGAAACUUUGUAUGAUUUCGCCAAAGACAAUUAUGCCGCGCAGUGGUACUCGGGUCUUUCAGAAAAAUCUCCCGUCUCGAUCGUCUGGGCCAGCAACUGGGACUACACUGAAGAGGUCCCCACUGGCCCGCUUGAGAGAUGGAGAAGCUCCACUGGAUUGCCACGAGUGCAUGCUCUUAUCAAUCUCGACGGAAAGUGGACCGUUACUCAGGCUCCUUUUGAAGAUCUCUCGCCAGUGAGAGGGCAGCGACUCGCUGAAGAUAAUUUCGGGAAUGACGAGGCAAGCGUGAAUUUUACCGAUGUGUCGUCCAACGCGAUUUCAUUCAACGUGAGCAUCGACGGUAUUGUGGCGACCGACCCGGCUGGAAAGGUAAACUUCAACUUCACCUCGUCCGCGUCGGGCGAGUAUCUCGACGGAGGGGUGGUUCUCGACACCGGUCGCUUCUGGAUCAAUCGAGCGGGAACUCAUGGGUUCACCAGCGCAGACAAUGGGAACUUCACGCCCCUUUUUAACACCACCGUCUCGUCCUUGGAGGGCGGGUCGUUCAGCUUUGGCGGUGUGAUUGAUCGGUCGGUCUUCGAGGUCUUUCUCGAGGACGGGGUCCAGGGAGGAACCAUGGCGUUCUUCCCUACCGCCCCUCUGGAUACUUUGACGGUUUCUGCGGAGGGACUGGGUGAGGACACUAGCGUUAGCCUGGAUGUCUGGAGUCUUAAUAGUGGUUGGGAGAAAUGA